AUGCCGAUAGCUCGUAUAGCCACAUUUCUCGUGGUCACCAGCUUUCUCUCCACCGCCAGCCAUCUCGGAGUGCCCGUAUCUUGCGCUCUUGAUGAUGAUCUCUCCACCCUCGAUAUAAUGUCCAAAAUCCGCAAUGACCAGAGCUCGAUAGCCAGGGCCUCUUCGGACUUUGGCCACAUUGUGGACGCCGUCCCAAGCGGGGUUUUCCACCCGGUCUCGCCCUCUGACAUAGCUGCCCUAAUCCGCCUCUCGCUUUUCCAGCAAACACCCUUCACGGUGGCACCACGUGGGAAAGGGCACUCGUCUCGCGGACAAGCCCUCGCCUCGGGCGGCAUUGUGGUCGACAUGUCCUCGCUGACACGUGGUGAUCAUGAUCACCGUGUAACCGUGUCCGUCGACGGAAUGUACGUGGACGUCGGUGGUGAGCAGCUGUGGAUCAACGUCCUUCGUGCCACGCUGGAGCACGGCCUCGCGCCACGCGUGUGGACCGACUACCUCCGCAUCACCGUCGGCGGCACUCUCUCCAAUGCUGGCAUUGGUGGGCAGGUUUUCCGCCACGGCCCGCAGAUCUCCAAUGUGCAGGAGCUCGACGUGGUCACGGGCACGGGAGACAUGAUCACCUGCUCCCCGACUAAGAGCUCCGACCUGUUCUUUGCGACGUUGGGCGGGCUGGGGCAGUUCGGGGUGAUAACCCGGGCCAGGAUUGGGCUUGAGCGGGCUCCAAAACGGGUCAAGUGGGUCAGGCUCGCCUACUCCGAUGUAACCCUGUUCACUGCUGACCAAGAGCUGCUCAUAUCAAAGGCAUCCGGGUUCGAUUACGUUGAAGGGCAGGUCCAGCUCAACCGGACCCUGACGGAGGGCCGGAGGUCGUCCUCCUUCUUCUCGGCUUCAGAGCUUGCUCUUCUUACAGAGCUCGCAGUGGACACCGGAUCAGCGGCGAUCUACUACAUCGAAGGCGCAAUGUACUAUGACGACCACUUUGCAGCCGGCGUGGAUCAGAAGCUUGAGGCGCUGCUGGAGGAGCUCAGCUUCGUCCCGGGGUUCGUGUUCGUGAGGGACGUGUCAUACGUGCAGUUCCUCGACCGCGUCGGGCAGGAGGAGCAGAAGCUCAGGUCAGCCGGCGUGUGGGACGUGCCGCACCCGUGGCUCAACCUCUUCGUCCCGGGCUCACGCAUCCAUGACUUCGCCGCCGGCGUGUUCCACGGCGUCCUCAGGGACACCAAGCCUGUUGGGCUCAUCCUCAUGUACCCCAUGAACAGAGACAAGUGGGACGACCGGAUGACGACCGUGACGCCGCCCGGCGAGGACGUGUUCUACACCGUCGGGCUGCUCCGGUCGGCGGUGGCCGCCGGUGACCUGGAGCGGCUGGAGAGGGAGAACGAGGCGGUGCUGGAGUUCUGCGACCGGGAGGAAAUCGGGUGCAAGCAGUACCUGCCGCACCACUCCUCGCAGGAGGGGUGGAGGCGGCAUUUCGGUGCGAAAUGGGACAGGAUCGCUGAGCUCAAGGCCAAGUACGACCCGCGGGCAAUACUGUCUCCCGGGCAGGGAAUCUUCCCGUUCCCGGCCGCGGCGAGCGGCGCAGCACCAGCGACGAUCGCCGCGUCCUGAGAUUAAAUUUAUCACCAUUGAAAGGUUGAUUUCUAGGUGUCUGUCGUGGGUGAAUGAGGGAUUGGAUUUGCUCGUUCCUAGGAAGAAAAGUAACUGUCCGUGCACGUUGAACCAACAAGCACUGGUUUAUCAGUACUCAGUAUUAGUCGGUAGGUAUUCAGAAUUUCAGAUCGUAGGAUUGGGAAAGAGAGGCGUCCAAAUGGACACGU